AUGCAUAGAUCAUUUCAUUAACUAUAACAAAAAUUUAACACACCUAAAAUACAAAAAGAAUAAGACAGUUAUCCUAUUCAAAACUCAUAAAUUUCUAAAUAAGUCAGAAAUGAUGAAACUUUUUAAUAAUUUAGUAUCAUUGACCAUCAAAAAUAUUAUCUUCUAAACCAAAAUACUCAGAAUUUUCACCUCUAUAAUUUAAGUAUUUCCUUAUCUAAAUUAAGCUGAUAGAAUUUAUUCUCCAAUAGGAAAAUAAGAUUAAUCUCCUAAUUUAACAAAAAAAGAAUAAAUCAAAAUUAUUAAUUCAUAUGAAGUCAAAAAUUGUAAUUUGAAUACUGAAAAUAUUCAUCUACAAAAUCAAAUAUAAGCAGAUUAAUUAAGAUACGACAAAAUAAUAAAUGAAUAAGAAAUGCAGCUCCUAAAUUAAUCUUACAAAUUAUAAACAGAAUAACACAAUAUUUAAUAAUAAUAAUUAUUAUUAUAAUAAAAAAAUGAUGAAAUUUAACUUUUAGCCAAUGAAAUGAAAAAGAAUGAAAUUAAGCUUAAAUAAAUUUAAUAAAAUGUAUUUAUUAUGAUUUAUUAACAAGAAUGUUCAAUAUGCAGAUGAAAAUUAGAAUUUAAAAUGUUAAAUCUAAAAUUUAGAACAUGAAUUAUAAUGUUUAAAAUAAUAAUUUCAAGAUAUUCAACUUUAAAGUAAAAGGUAAAUUGAGGAAACUUAAAUAUAAGUUGAAAAUGAGUAUUCCCUUAAAAGUUAACUACACUUAAAAAAUGUUUAAUAAUAACAUUAAUAAAUUUUGAGUUAGAAAAAUGAUAAACUUAUAUUAGAAUAAUAAAAAUAUUCAAAAUUAUUAGCUUAAUUUGAUAAUUUAAUAAAUGAAAACAAUAAAUUGUAAUAGUCAAUAGAUAAUCUAUAAAUUGAAAAAAAUACAAUAUAAUAAUAAAUUAAUUAAUAAAAUUAAAUUUCUGAAGAACUAAGAUAAAAAAGUAUUAGUUUGACAAAAGAAUUAUAAUUAAUACAUGAUAAUCAUAAUUAAUAAGAAUUUGUGCAUUAAAAAAUUAUCUAAGAACUGAAAUAAUAAAUCAAUGGUUUAUAAAGAAGAUUAGAUGACACUGUUUUAAAAUAUUAAAGUGAAAACUAAUAAUAAGAUUAGAGAAUAAGAGAUUUAUAAUAGUAAUUAUAAUAAUCUGAGAACCAUUUCUAAAUAAUGAAGACUGAAAAUGCUAAAUUAUAUGUGAUAGAUUAGGAAUUAGAGAAAGAAAUUAGAAUAUAAUAAUAAGAAUAGGAGAGAAUCAUCAAAUUGAAAAAUUAAGAAAUAUAAUAAUUACAAGAAGAUCUUUAGAAAUUUAAGGAAUAACUAUUAGAAUAGUAAUCAAAAUACUAGGAAAAAUUACAGGAGUGUAACAAACAAGAUUUGAUUAUUAAUGAUAUCAAAAGUGAAUUACAAUUAUAAUAGAAUUCUACAAAUGAAAAUGAAAUAAGAAUUAAAAAGUAAUGGGAGAGAGAUAUUUUAGAGUUGAAAGGAUUUCAUCAUUAACAGAUUUAUAAUUUAGAAGAAUAGAUUAAAACUUUAUAAGGAGAGAUUGAAAAACUAUUAAUUUAAAAUAGUAAGAAUGAUAAAUAAUUAAAUUAAUAUAAAUUUAAUUAAUAAUUAUUAGAUAAUUCAAUAAAUGAGUUGAAAUAUUAAUAAGGGGAAAUUGAAAAACAAAAAAUAAAUGAAUUUAAAGAUUAUUAAACUGAAUUUGAAAAUUUUAGAAAAGAAUUAAAAGAUUAAAAUAUCAGGUUAUAAUAAGAAAAAUAAUAAACAGAGUAACAAUUAAAGUAAUAAAAAUUAAAAUUAAAAGAAUUAGAAACUUCAAAAAUAGAAUUAGAAUUUACAUCUUCUUAAUAGAUUUAAUAAUACCAAGAACAAUUAAAAUAAAAAGAUUAAUAAAUUAAUUAAUUUAAUUAAGAUAAAAAUAAAAUUGAUACUUUAUUAAAAUAAACAAAAGAAAAAUUAAAUUAAGCAGAAUUUCAAUUAGUUGAGUUAAAUUAAAGAUCUGAUAUUUAUCUUAAGGAAUUUUAAGAAUCAACAUAAUAAAGAGAUCUUGAAAGAAAUUAGUUUAGCUAAAAGUUUAAUUUUUAAGAAAUUAGAAUAUCAAAGUGUAAAUAGGUUAUUAAUUAAUAUGAAAUUGAUAUUUACAAUCUUAACAAUUAAAUUGAAAAAACAUAAAAAUAAAUGGAUUAAACUUAGCUUGAAUGUUAAAAAAAAAUGGAAGAAGCAAAAAAGAAAGAGCAGAAAUUAUUAGAUUAAAUUAUGAAUUAAAAUUAAUAAUUGAAAAUGAAUGAAGAAUAAUUUAUCAAAUAUUAAGAGGAACAUAUAGAAUCUAAUAAAUAAAUUUAAUAAAUACUAUAAGAAAAAGAAGCUAUGAUUAAGAGUUUAGAAAAUUAAAUAGAAAAAUUAAAUGUAAUUAAAAAUGAACUAAUAAUGGAAAUAGAAAAAUUAAAUUAAUAGAUCUAAAAUUAUACUAAGGGAGAAAACUAACGAUAGGAUUGGGAACAUUAAUUAGAAAAUGAAAAGGUAUUUAUUUAAAUUAGUAUUAGGCUAUUUUAAAUAAUUAAAUUGAUAUAUUAUAAUAAAAGCUUAAUUAAAAAGAUGGUAAAAUGAAUUAAUUGUAAUAAUAAUAUAUAAAUUUGGAAAUUUAAUAUUAAGACAAAGAACUAUAGUAUGACUCUCUAAGAUAAUAAAUAGAUUAGAAUUAUGUACACAUUGAAGAUUAUGAUUAAUUGAAAUAGAAAAAUAGUAAUUUAUUAAAUGAGAUUCAUGAAUUUGAGAAUAAAUCAUUAAAAUCAAAUAGUGAGAGGUAAUCAUUGAAAAGAUUAGUGGAAAAGUUAAAGAGUGAUCUAGAGAUGAAAGAAUAAGAGUUAGAUUAAGCUUUUAUAUAAAUAAAUAAGAAAAAGGGAGACAAUGGUAAUUUAGAGAAGAUGACUAAAGAAAUAUAAAGAUUGAGUUUUGAACUGUCAGAUGCUUAAACUUUGUUGUAAGCAAAAAGUGAGUAAUUAAAUUUAAUGAGAAGAGAAAAUGAUGAUCAAUUAGAACAGUUAAAUAAGUUGAAGCGAUAAUAAAAUUAAGUAUAAGAAAAAGAAUAAUUUAGAAAGAUAGAUAGAUAAAUCUGA